AUGGCAUGUAUGGAGAAUAGAUCUGAAGUGAAUGAGUUCAUCCUCAUGGGAUUAACAGAUGUUCCAAAGCUUCAGGUUCCUCUCUUCAUAAUGUUCACCUUCAUCUACCUUACUACUCUGGUGGGGAACCUGGGGAUAGUAGCUCUGAGCUCAUGGGAUUCUCAUCUCCAUACCCCCAUGUAUUUUUUCCUCAGUAAUCUUUCUCUAGUGGAUUUUGGCUACUCGUCAGCUAUUACCCCCAAGGUGAUGGCUGGGCUCUUCACAAGGAACAAGGUCAUCUCCUACAAUGGAUGUGCUACACAGUUGUUCUUUGUUGGGGCCUUUGCUACUACAGAAAGUUUCCUCUUAGCCUCCAUGGCCUAUGAUCGCCAUGCUGCCGUGUGCAAGCCCCUACAUUAUACUACUACUAUAACUUCAACAGUAUGUGCCUAUCUGGCUAGUGGUGCUCACAUCUGUGGCUUUCUGACCUCUUCCAUAGUCAUAGGAAACACUUUUAGCCUUUCCUUCUGUAGGUCUAACAUAGUCCAUCACUUUUUCUGUGACAUUCCCCCUCUCCUAGUUCUCUCUUGCUCUGAUAUUCAUAUCACUGAGUUACUAUUCUUUAUCCUAGGGUCAUUCACAGUCUUUUUCCCAUUUCUUGUCAUCUUUACUUCAUACUUGUUAAUCUUCAUCACCAUUCUAAAUAUCCAUUCUGUUGAAGGCCGUCAGAAAGCGUUCUCCACCUGCGCUUCCCAUCUAACAGCAGUGUCCAUAUUUUAUGGGACAAUUAUCUUCAUGUACCUUCAACCUAGCUCAAGUCAUUCCAUGGACAUAGACAAAGUGGUGUCAGUGUUCUAUACCAUGGUCAUCCCCAUGUUGAACCCUCUGGUCUAUAGUAUGAGGAAUAAAGAGGUAAAAAAUGCUUUGAUGAAAGCUGUGAGAGGAAGACAACCUAAAUCAGAUCAUCCUUUUUCUUAG